GGCCGAGCCUCCUUUUUAUCACCUACCCUGAAGCAAUCGCCAACAUGGUGGGAUCCACCUUCUUUGCCGUCAUAUUCUUCCUGAUGAUGAUAACGCUGGGGCUGGACAGCACGUUUGGGGGCUUGGAGGCCGUGAUCACGGCUGUGAUGGACGAGUACCCUCAGGUCCUGGCCGGGCGACGGGAGCUCUUCGUCCUCGGCCUCAUCACAAUCUGUUUCCUGGGCUCCCUGAGCACCCUCACCUACGGGGGAGCCUACGUGGUGAAGCUGCUGGAGGAAUUUGGUGCUGGCUGCUCAAUCCUGGCGGUGGUGCUACUGGAAACGAUAGCCGUCUCCUGGUUUUACGGGAUACAGAGGUUCUCCCAUGACGUGAAAGCCAUGCUGGGCUUCACCCCGGGGAUGUUCUGGAAGGUGUGCUGGGUCGCCGUCAGCCCUGCCUUGUUAGCGUUCAUAGUCAUCAGCUCCCUCCUGGAGCAGCCGCCUCUGACACUCUUCGACUAUCAGUACCCCGAGUGGAGCAUCUCGGCGGG